AUGAUGUUACUCACGGCUCAGAUUAAAGAAAAGGUCAUCCUUGGAGUAAAUGGUCAAGAACUAGUUCAUCCUAAAAGACUUCCUCUGGUCCAGAAGCGAGAUCUUGGACACAUCCAUGAUUUUAAUGCACCGGAAAUGUAUGAAGAAGAAAUACUGUAUGAAAUAAAGCUAAGUGGGAAAAUCCUAAUCCUUCACCUGCUACGAUCAAGGGACAUCCUUGCCUCCAACUACAGUGAAACGUACUAUAACAUGAAUGGAGACACGCUCACCAGACACCCCCAGACCUUGGAUCACUGUUUUUAUCAAGGUUCUAUUGUACAUGAAUAUGACUCAGCAGCCAGUAUCAGCACAUGUAAUGGCCUCAGGGGAUUCUUCAGAGUAAAUGAUCAAAGGUAUCUCAUCGAACCAUUGAAAUACUCUGAUGGGAAAGAGCAUUUGGUGUUCAAAUAUAGCACGAGGGGGACAUAUGGUGCCAAUCAUUCUUGUGAAGAGCUCAAUUUCACCAAGGAAAUGCUUCCAGAGGAUGAGAACCAUAAGGAAGACCAAAAAGCAGAAAGUACCCGCAAGGAGAGCUAUAUCGAACUGCUCGUGGUUGCUGAUGAUUAUGUGUACCGCAGGAACAGCAAACCUCACAGUAAACUAAGGAAACGAAUUUGGGGAAUGGUCAAUUUUGUCAAUAUGGUUUACAAAACCUUGAAUAUACACGUGACGUUGGUGGGCAUUGAAGUAUGGACCAAUGGAGACAAAAUAGAAAUAGACGCGAAUAUGGAAACUACCUUGUCACAUUUUUCAUCUUGGCAAGAAACAACCCUUAGGAAAAGGAAGCAUUAUGACCAUGUUCUGUUACUGAGUGGGAAGUGGCUCUACACGCAUACUCAAGGAAUUUCUUAUUCAGCGGGGAUGUGCCUACCGCGUUAUUCCUCGAGUGUCGUUAAGGAUCUGCUGCCUGACACCAACAUAGUGGCAAACAGAAUGGCACACCACCUUGGGCACAACCUUGGCCUGAAGCACAGUGACAGCGCGUGCACCUGUCCUUUAGGGCAAUGUGUGAUGGACAGAGAAGGAAGCAUCCCAGCGCUAAAAUUCAGUACGUGCAGCCAAGCCCAGUACCAGCAAUACCUGAAGAAUGUCAAGCCCUCGUGCAUGUCCAACAUACCGUUUCCUGACAGUUUUAGUGACUCACCAUCUUGCGGGGACAAGAAAGUGGACGAGGGCGAGGAAUGUGACUGUGGCCCUCUCCAGGAGUGCACUAACCCUUGCUGCGACGCUCACAGAUGCCUACUGAAGCCAGGAUUCGAUUGUGCACAAGGCGCGUGCUGCGAAGCUUGUCACAUAAAGAAGGAAGGGUGGACAUGCAGACCAGCCAAGGAUGAAUGCGAUCUUCCUGAGGUUUGCUCCGGCCACUCCCCCGAAUGUCCUCCGGAUCAGUUCCGACCCAAUGGGACCCCGUGCCGGAAUGCAGAAGGCUACUGCUCCCUGGGGAAAUGCCCCACUCGGGACCAGCAGUGCCACGCGCUGUUCGGUGACGGAGCAAAAGGCAGUCAUGACACCUGCUACAAGAUGAAUAAGAAAGGAGACAGAUUCGGCUACUGCAAAAACAAGGGGAACAGAUUCCUUCCUUGUGAAGAGAAAGACGUCCAGUGUGGGAAGAUCUUCUGUACUGGGGGGCAGCUCCUACCUCUCCAUGGUGAUGGCAAGACCUAUUACUUGAAGCUUCCGCCGCAGAACGCUACCGGCCAAUGCAGGGCCGUGUUUUUCUACCAUAAUUCUGCAGAUGUUGGUCUAGUAGAUUCUGGAACAAAGUGUGGAGAUGGCAUGGUAUGCAGCGAUGGGGAAUGUGUAAGCCUGGGAAAGGUCUACAAUCCAACAAGCUGCUCUUCUCAGUGUGACGAAAAUUCAGUGGAUGGCCGCGAGCCGCAGUGCCAGUGUGCGGAGGAACAGACUCCUACAGACUGGGGAGGAGCCUUCAACCUCAGCAGCAUUUCCAUAGCGGUCGUCCUCAUCGUCCUGGUGAUUGCUGGUGUGGCAACCGUCACACUACUAAUUCGCUAUCAGAAGUGCAUCCGGUGGAAGCACAUCCAGAGCCCUCCUAGAGAAACACAAGGAGUGGAAAAUAAAGGCUACAUCGCUGAAGACCAACCCGGGACAGAGCCCGUGCUGACAGAUGCUCACCCCUUACAUAGAACUUCAGAGUCCUUGGAGAAUCUUCCGGCUAGCUUCCCAAGCCCUCACUACAUCUCGCUGAAAUCUGCGAGCAAAGAUCCAAGGGGAAUUACAGAUCCCAAUCAAAGUGCUAAAGUGAGUCUAAAAUUGGACACCCAAAAUGGCUGUGCAAUACUGGGCUGA